GCGGGCGAGAGGACGCCAGGCACCGGCUGGGCUCGGCGAGGCCGCGCAAAAGAGCGCGCGUCCGUCGGGUUCUCGCGCGGGGCUGGUACGGCGCCGCUCGGGGCUGCGGGAACCUGGUAGCGCGGCUGCAUCCUUGGCGAGGCCGGGAGGAAUCGAGCGGAAGGACGAGCCGAGGACUGAGUCUCAGCUAACUGGGCAAUGGCAGUUGAGUAGGUUUUGAAAAAUGUCUGAAGUUUAAUGGACUGCAUCUACCUUCUGCCUUUUCCCCAUCCUUUACAAAAGAAUAAAUGGGAUGUUUGAGAAGAGAGCUGUAUUAAAAGAAGAGUAUUACAAAUGGCUUCAGAACCUAUGAAUGCAAAACAAGCUAGGAAUCGCUUCACAAAGGGGAAAAGGCAACAGCACCAGCAAAUAAAGAACAGAUCUUCACUUGGUGAUGGUGAUGGAGAAGACUCCUUUAUCUUUGAAGCAAAUGAAGCUUGGAAAGAUUUUCAUGGUUCUCUUCUUCAGUUUUAUGAAAAUGGAGAACUCUGUGAUAUCACAUUGAAGGUUGGCUCAAAGCUAAUCUCUUGUCACAAACUGGUAUUGGCUUGUGUUAUUCCCUACUUCAGAGCUAUGUUUCUCUCUGAAAUGGCUGAAGCCAAGCAAACACUGAUUGAGAUCAGAGAUUUUGAUGGUGAUGCAAUAGAAGACUUGGUAAAGUUUGUCUAUUCUUCACGACUCACUUUGACUGUUGACAAUGUCCAGCCUCUCUUAUAUGCAGCCUGUAUUCUACAGGUUGAACUGGUGGCUAGAGCUUGUUGUGAAUACAUGAAGUUACAUUUUCAUCCCUCCAAUUGUCUGGCAGUAAGAGCCUUUGCAGAAAGUCACAAUCGAAUAGACUUAAUGGACAUGGCGGAUCAGUAUGCCUGUGAGCAUUUUCCUGAAGUGGUGGAGUGUGAAGACUUUGUAAGUGUGUCACCCCAGCAUCUCCAUAAGCUUUUGUCCUCCAGUGAUCUAAAUAUUGAGAAUGAAAAGCAGGUCUAUAGUGCAGCCAUCAAGUGGCUUCUUGCCAAUCCUCAGCAUCAUUCCAAAUGGUUGGAUGAAACACUUGCACAGGUUCGUUUGCCGCUGUUGCCGGUUGAUUUUCUUAUGGGUGUUGUGGCAAAAGAACAGAUUGUCAAACAAAAUCUAAAAUGUAGAGAUUUAUUGGAUGAAGCAAGAAAUUACCACCUUCACUUGAGUAGCAGAGCAGUACCUGACUUUGAAUACUCCAUUCGGACUACCCCAAGGAAACAUACUGCUGGUGUGCUAUUUUGUGUAGGUGGUCGAGGUGGAUCAGGUGACCCCUUUCGCAGUAUCGAAUGCUAUUCUAUCAACAAAAACAGUUGGUUCUUUGGACCAGAAAUGAACAGUCGAAGGCGACAUGUGGGUGUAAUCUCAGUGGAAGGUAAAGUGUACGCAGUGGGUGGACAUGAUGGAAAUGAACAUUUAGGUAGUAUGGAGAUGUUUGAUCCUCUCACUAAUAAAUGGAUGAUGAAGGCAUCAAUGAACACAAAGAGGCGAGGAAUUGCCUUGGCCUCGUUGGGAGGCCCAGUUUAUGCAAUUGGAGGGUUAGAUGACAACACUUGCUUCAAUGAUGUUGAGAGAUAUGACAUAGAGUCUGAUCAGUGGAGUACAGUGGCACCAAUGAAUACUCCCCGUGGAGGAGUUGGCUCUGUGGCUCUUGUGAACCAUGUUUAUGCAGUAGGUGGCAAUGAUGGAGUAGCCUCUCUGUCUAGUGUGGAGAGGUAUGAUCCACAUCUCGAUAAAUGGAUAGAAGUUAAAGAAAUGGGUCAGCGAAGAGCAGGCAAUGGAGUUAGUGAGCUCCAUGGUUGCUUAUAUGUUGUUGGUGGUUUUGAUGAUAAUUCUCCUCUGAGUUCAGUUGAGCGGUAUGAUCCUCGAAGCAACAAGUGGGAUUAUGUAGCAGCCCUUACCACUCCCAGGGGUGGAGUGGGGAUCGCAACAGUGAUGGGCAAUAUCUUUGCAGUUGGUGGUCAUAAUGGCAAUGCAUACUUAAAUACAGUAGAAGCAUUUGAUCCAGUGCUGAAUAGGUGGGAGCUUGUUGGAUCUGUGUCUCACUGCAGAGCUGGAGCAGGUGUAGCUGUGUGUGCCUGUUUAACUAGCCAAAUUCGAGAUGUAGGUCAUGGGUCCAGUAAUGUGGUUGACUGUAUGUGACUUGAGUUCCAGCCACCAACAAUUUAAUAACAUCUGAUAGGCAAGAAAGACUACCAGGAUUUUGUAAUGGCCACCUUUGAACAGUUUUAACUACUACUAGAGUCUCAUUUAAAUGUAAACUGUUGUAUUGUGACUAAGUGCAACUUUUGAAAUGGUAGCUGAAACUACUAGUAAUAAAGUUGAUACUUCCCACUUUAACAAAUAAUGAAGUAGGGAAGGAAGACACUCUAACCUGAAACCAUAUCUCCUCCAAAAUAAAUGUGUUUAAAGGAGUGCCAAAACCUUGAAAUUCCUUUUUUUUAAAAAGUGUGGAUGAAUCAAAAUGUAAAAUGAAGUCAUUUGCUGAGCUUUACCUUUUGCCUAAAGGUGUUAACCUUAGGCAGUGGAUUUUUUCUAGAGGGGAGAUUGGAACCUAUUCAUCAACACAAGGAUAUCAGGACACAUAACAGACCUGCUCCAUUUGAAGAUCUUUUCUACUUGGUGCUGAUGAAUUUAUGCCUUGCUUUUUUCUAGGUGUUGAGUUUUCAAUUCCUUGGAUAUUUACAGAAAUAGGAAAAAUGUUUCAUCUUUCUGAGUGCCCUUUGGUUGUGUUUUCAGAAACUUAUAGGAAUGCUGUAGGAAGCCCUUAAUUUCAGUUUGAAUUGUUAGGACACCAAAAGAUCUAACUGAACUAAUUCCCUCUGAAUGAAUCUGCAGUUUUAUUUUUUCAUUGCAUGCCGAAAGGAUUUCUUUCAUAAUCAAAAAUUGAACCAGAGGGGAUAUUAGAGAAGAAAGGUUUAAAGUCGACAUUAUUCUAGUGCCCAUUAGAGAGCCUUGAGAGGGAAUGGUGUCCAUUACAUGACUCCCUAAUCAGGAGACUCCAAAAAUAUGUUUAACACUCUUCUUUGAUUUAGUCAUUUCAUUUUGAACCCAAGAUUUAUUAUCUUUCUAUUUUGCUAUUUGCCACUAUCAUAGUUUUUCUAAACUGUACAGAGUCUGGAUUUAUUUAUUAUCAGAAAAUGAAUGCAUUUUUACAAAAACCCUUUAUAGACUGUAGU